AUGUAUGUAUCUAUCUACCUACCUAUCUCAGUCUUUUCAUAUCUAUCUAUCUAUCUAUCUAUCUAUCUAUCUAUCUAUCUAUCUAUCUAUCUCAGUCUAGUCAUAUCUAUCUAUCGCUCUAUCUAUCUGUUCACAUAUAUGUAUGUAUCUAUCUACCUACCUAUCUCAGUCUAUUCAUAUCUAUCUAUCUAUCUAUCUAUCUAUCUAUCUAUCUAUCUAUCUAUCUAUCUAUCUAUCUAUCUCAGUCUAUUCAUAUCUAUCUAUCUUAGUCUAUUCAUAUCUAUCUAUCUAUCUAUCUAUCUAUCUAUCUAUCUCAGUCUAUUCAUAUCUAUCUAUCUUAGUCUAUUCAUAUCUAUCUAUCUAUCUAUCUAUCUAUCUAUCUAUCUAUCUAUCUAUCUAUCUAUCUCAGUCUGGUCAUAUCUAUCUAUCACUCUAUUCUAUUCAUAUCUAUCUUUCUAUCUAUCUAUCACAGUCUAUUCAUAUCUAUCUAUCUAUCUAUCUAUCUCAGUCUAUUCAUAUCUAUCUAUCUAUCUAUCUAUCUAUCUAUCUAUCUAUCUAUCUAUCUAUCUAUCUUGCCCUCUUUGUUUGUUUCUUUGCCGUUUCACGUUCCCCCUGCAUUCUACUGUGACGUUACUCUAUUUUGACAGCCGUCCUCUCUUCGUGCCUACAGAACCGAAGAAACCUCACAGUUGCUAA